AUGAACGGUCGCAAUCAUUCUAGUAAUGGUCCUCAAAGUCUGAGGGAUUAUUACUACAAUAAAGCGUGCGAGUCAUUGUUCACAAAUACAACAAUCGAGAACCCGGCUGGUAUGUUUUCCCAAUUGCUGGCGCCACGUAGUGGCAUCCCACAAGAUUCGUCAACAAAAGGAAAUUUGGCGGAAUUGCGUGGAUUGACACCCAGGACAAACGAGCAAAGAGAUUCCAUCGCCGUUCCGUCAAUUGAAGAUGAGCUACGAAUUCAAUUCGACGCUCUUUCGUUGGCGAGACAAAAAAUGGACGAUUCGCUGGGGAAGAAUUUGGAACAAGACCAGCUUAGAAUGAAGUUCCAUACUGCAGAAGAGAUGAAGACACAAGUUUCAGAACCGGCAGAGGCUAUGCCUGUAGAGCAUCAUCUUUCUGAACGGAAAUUUGUACACCAAGAGCAAGGGGAUGCACUUCAGGUGAAGUUCUCCGGUACGGCCUCAGAGAAACGCUCACGUGAUAAUGUCUCACAAGAUCACAAGAAGCCACGACAGAACCGGCGUAGAACUCGCAAUCGAAAGAAGAACAAUGGAGAACGAAGGGAAAAAAAUCAAGAGAAAAACGGCGAGACAAAACAAACCACUGCGGAGCAAUCUGACAACCAACUGAGAAAUGGUGGUAGAGGCAGCAACGGUUGUCGCCGCGGUGCACAGUAUAAAUUUCACAAAGACGGAGCAGACCUCUACCUCAACGAAUGCAGCCGAAUCACACUCGAACGGGGAAUUUUCUUCUGCAAACUAGAGAAACGGGCAUUAUCAGCUAUCAUUUGCUUCUAA